GAUACCCUGGCGCAUUACCAGCGGCCACGUCCAAGCCCCUGGACUACAUUUCCCAAGAGGCCGUGCGCGCGCCACCGGAGGUGUUGCCGGGCUAUAAAAGCCGGGGUGGCGUUGUCGGAGGGUGGCAGCUAGCUGAAUGUAGGUUCCCGGGAUUCUACGUGCUUCUUGUAAGAGACCCCGGAGUGGCCCGCCUCUCGUCGCCCGGCGCCGGAGACUUCAGUCCCCUGUGUCCCACUGUGGUUAGGGGAGUUUUGAUCAGAAUGGCUUUGGGAUGCUUUUACCUGUCCUGCCUGGUGCUGGGCUCCCUGGGCUCCAUGUGCAUCCUCUUCACCACCUAUUGGAUGCAGUACUGGCGUGGUGGCUUUGCCUGGGAUGGCAGCUUGCACAUGUUCAACUGGCAUCCUGUGCUCAUGGUGUCUGGCCUGGUGGUGCUCUACGGAGCUGCAUCACUGGUGUACCGCCUACCUGCAUCCUGGGUGGGGCCCAAGCUGCCCUGGAAGCUCCUCCAUGCAGCCCUGCACCUGAUGGCCUUCAUCCUCACCGUGGUGGGGCUGGUUGCUGUCUUCCAGUUUCACAGCCAUUCAAAAAUCGCCCAUCUCUACUCCCUGCACAGCUGGCUGGGCCUCACCACUGUUGUCCUCUUCGCCUGCCAGUGGUUCCUGGGCUUUGCUGUCUUCCUCCUUCCCUGGGCGUCGUUGUGGCUGCGCAGCUUCCUGAAACCCAUCCAUGUCUUCUUUGGAGCCUCCAUCCUCUCUCUGUCCAUUGCAUCUGUCAUUUCCGGCAUUAACGAGAAGCUUUUCUUCAGUUUGAAGAACGUCACUCGGCCAUAUUCCAGCCUGCCCAGCGAGGCUGUCUUCGCUAACACCACUGGGCUGCUGGUGGUGGCCUUUGGGCUUCUGGUUCUCUAUGUUCUUCUGGCUUCGUCAUGGAAACGUCCCGAGCCGGGGAUCCUGACUGACAGACAGGUAUGGCUGAGUGUCACCCAUUCCAGCGUGGGGCAGGCCAGAUCUAGAGGAAGACUACCCAAGAAAGACUUGAGCCUUGCCAAGAAGACUGAUCAUGUAGUCUGAUGGGAAAGCAAACAGCUUGAUGGUGAAAUUAGGGGGGCCUGCAGAGACACUGGUAUGAGUGACUCAUCCCAGAAAAUGGAGCAAAUAGGGCUCCUUGAACUUUCCUUCCCAAUUUUCAUGAGAGAACACAAAGCUUCCCCUUCGCCAAGAAAGGACUUGAGCAGAGUGAGGGGUGUGGUACUUCUGCACUGCCAGCUUUGGUGUGGGACUAGUGCUUGGUGACUACUUGAGAGCAGGUUGUGCCUGUCCUUAGCCACUUAGACAUCUCUUAGAUGUAAGGAGAUGGGAGUGUGUGCCAGCCUCUGGGACGUUGGGGCUUCCUUGACCAAUCUGGUUGGUGGCUUGGCAGGAGAUCACCUGCAGGAUGGGGAUCUAUCUGGGCAGCUCAGGCCUGGUGUGGCUCCUGCAGGUCAGGAGGCAUUUUGACAUCAUGUCUUAACCUCUAUGCGUCUGCCUUCUUUCAGCCCCUGUUGCAUAAUGGGGAGUGAAGCAGGAAGGGGCUACGGGAAGUCAGCGGUGCAGUCUGUCCUCCCCAGAAACGGCUGUACUUGGGCUCCUCCUGGCCUCAACUUCUCCUUACCUCGGUGGCAGCCUGCUCUCUCCAGCCACUUCCUGCCCACCUGCAGUUCCUGGUGGCUUUGGCUUCUCCGCAUUGACUUAUCGGAUCCUGCAUUUGUUGAGGAUCUUCCUUGCCCUGGUCACUCAUGUGGGGUCUGCUUGGUCUGCAGGGGUUGGGCUAAUCUCCCCUAAGAGUCUUAGUGGGGACGUGGGAGAAAAAUCCUGACAGCUCAGAAAAGCUCCCUCGAGUGCAGUCCAUGCUUUAACACGUGGUAAGAGGGAGACAACUUUCCCCUUGGAGGAGCGCAUUGCAUUUCCUCUGCACUGUCCCUCUGCCUGCCUCUUGCCUAGGUGUGCAGGUGGGCAGAGGACUCAAGGUAACUCACUGAAGGGAGUUGGCAGUGGAGCAGAGAAGCCGAGGGCCAAGUGUUCUGAGAUGGUAUGUGUGUGACUGUGUGGCUCUACCUCUUCUAGCUGCUCCUUCAGCUGCGGCCUGGAUCCUGCCCUCUCCCCGUGACUUACAUGCCUGUUGCUGUCAGGCAGCCAUGGUAACUUGCUCUCCAAGAAUAAUCUGCCCCUUGAGUCCCAAGAGAUGAGUAGCAGUGGUUUCUGAGGCCUUCCUUUCUUACCUCUUGCUGUGUGUGGGUCUUCCUGCCAGCCCCUGGCCAGGUCCAACCUAUCUUCCCUCUCCAGUCUACCAUGAAAGCCAAGGUCAUUGUUGCAAAGCAUUGUUCCCAGCAGCCCUGGGAGUUGCUUCCACCUUCAGAGACUUUUCUUGCUGAGAAGUAGGCUGCUUUGCCUGCACUAUGACAGCUGCUUGGCUGGCCAAACCCUGCUUCCCCGGCUGUUGCAGAACACGAGCUUUGCUCUUCUCCCAGGGAGAAACUUGGGAGAAACUUCUUGCUUCUCGAUUCUUUCCUAAGUGCUGCCUUGUGGCUCUUCCUGCCUUCUCCAAAUAAGCACUGCCAGGUCCCUGAUUCCAGGCUUCUGUGCUUAGCAGAUAGCUGGGACGUAAUCUAGGGUUUAGAGAUGAGCACUCCCUGGCAGAUAGUGACCCAGCUAAAUGCACCAGCUCCAGCUGGCAGAGUGUAGCAAGAGGACUGGGCCGGACUUCCUGAUUCAUUCAGUUGAAUGACUGACACGUCUGUGACCAGUGCCCCUUGUUAACAUGUGAGUGGGCAUUUCACUUGAUUUUCAUUAAACAUGUUUUUAAGAAUCA